GUAUGUUCCUGGAAACAUGGCGGCCAGCUUCCGCGGCCGUCCUAUCCGGAGUCUUCGGAUGCGGGGUCGGAAUGACAGCGGGGAGGAGAACGUCCCGCUGGAUCUGAGCAGAGAACCAUCUGAAAACUUCCGUGAAAUCCUCCAAAAUGUGGCCAAAUCGCAUGGAGUCAGUAACAUGCGAAAGCUUGGCCACCUGAACAACUUCAUUAAGCUGCUUUGCAACAUUGGACAUCGGGAGGAGAGCUUCGGGUUUACAUAUGAGGAAAUCAUCGUUUGUCUGCGACUAGCUCUUCUAAAUGAGGCCAAGGAAGUGCGUGCAGCAGGUUUGCGGGCACUCCGCUAUCUUAUCAGAGACACCAACGUGCUGCAGAAGGUCCUCAGACUGCAGGUGGAUUAUUUGAUUUCCAGAUGCAUUGACAUCCAGCAAAGCAAUGAGGGGGAGAGGACUCAGGCGUUACGGCUUGUCCGAAAGAUAAUCACAGUCAACGCGAUGCUGUUCCCCACCUCUGUCGCAAAUUCUCUAAUUGCUAUCGGUACAGACGGACUGCAGGAGAGGGAUCGCAUGGUUCGCGCUGCCGUUGCCAUCAUAUGUGAGCUAGCCCUGAAGAACCCAGAGGUGGUGGCCAAACGCGGAGGUCUAAGCACAAUCCUCAAGAGCGUCAUCGACUGUCAGCUCAGUCGGAUCAACGAAGCCCUGAUCACCACGGUCCUCCACUUGCUCAACCACCCGUGCACCCGCCAGUAUGUGCGUGUUGACGUGGAGCUCGAGCAAAUCCUCGCACCUUUCACUGAUUUCCACUAUCGACACAAUGCUGACACAGCUGAAGGACAGCUCAAGGAAGACAGAGAAUCCAGGUUCCUGUCGAGCAGGAUGGCGAUAGUCGCUGCAUUUCGUUCUUGGUCUGGAAUUAUCAACUUGUGCAAGGCUGGAAAUUCUGGAAUCCAGUCUUUAAUUGGCUUACUUUGCAUACCAAAUAUGGAGGUCAGGAAAGGCUUGUUGGAGGUGCUGUAUGAGAUAUUCAGGCUUCCUGUGCCCAUUGUUACUGAAGACUUCACGGAGGCUUUCCAGAGCGUUGAUCCUGCCAGGUUCCAGGACACUUGGAGACUCUCUGAUGGGUUUGUGGCUGCAGAGGCUAAAGUUAUCUUACCCCAUCGGGCCCGCUCCAGGGCUGACCUGAUGGACAACUACCUGGCAUUUGUCCUUUCUGCCUUCAUAACAAGUGGACUGUUAGAGGGCCUCGUGGAAGUUGUCACCAGCAGUGAUGACCAGCUUGCUAUCAGAGCUACCAUACUCCUGGGAGAACUUUUACACAUGGCAAACACGAUUCUUCCUCAUUCCCACAGCCACCACCUGCACUGCCUUCCUACCCUCAUCAACAUGGCCGCCUCGUUUGACAUCCCACAAGAGAAACGGCUCCGUGCGAGUGCAGCCGUGAACAAUCUGAAGCGUUUUCAUGAGAAGAAGAAGAAAGGUUUGAAGCCCUACAGUCUUUACCUGGACCACAUAAUUCGCAAGUCUGUGUCUUCCCACAGCCGCAGAGAUUCCCACUCACGUGUCCAAAGGGACAUCUACGUCAUAAAGGACACUGAAGAAACACUGCUGAUGAACCUGAGAGACAGCCACAUCCUUAACCACAAGCAGAACUUGGAGUGGAACUGGUUGCUCAUCGCCACCAUCCUGAAGUGGCCAAAUGUGAACCUCCGGAACAACAAAGAUGAACAGAUGCACAGGUUUGUUCGGAGGCUGCUGUACUUUUAUAAACCCACUAGUAAAUUAUACGCCGGACUGGCUUUGGAUCACGUUAAGGCCAGGCAACUCACUGUGGUUGGGUGUCAGUUUGUUGAGUUCCUCAUGGACUCAGAUGAGGACGGUCAGGGGUAUCUGGAGGACCUAGUGAGGGACAUGGUCUCAUGGCUCUGCUCAUGUUCAGGACUGAAGCCGGAGCGCAGUCUGCAGAGCAAUGGCCUCCUCACCACACUCAGUCAGCACUACUUCCUCUUCCUGGGGACACUUUCUGCACACCCACAGGGAGUCAAAAUGUUAGAGAAAUGUGGCCUGUUCCAGUGCCUGCUGAAUUUGUGCUCCGUAAAGAACCAAGAUGCUGUGCUGAAGCUUGCCGUGACAACUCUGGAUUACAGCAGGGACGGCCUGGCCAGGGUCAUCCUCUCCAAGGUCCUCACCGCCUCCACUGAUAUAUGCAGGUUGUACGCUACCAAACACCUGCGCGUUCUGCUGCGCGCCGGUGUGGAGUUUUUCAGCAGCUGGGGCAUGGAGCUUCUGGUCACCCAGCUUCAUGACCACAACAAGGUUGUUUCCAUGGAAGCACUGGACAUCCUGGAUGAGGCCUGUGAGGACAAGGCCAACCUUCAUGCUCUGAUCCAGCUGAAACCAGCUGUGUCCCAUCUGGGAGACAAAGGCCUCCUACUGCUCCUCAGGUUCCUGUCAAUUCCUAAAGGUUUUUCCUACCUUAAUGAGAGAGGUUAUGUCAGCAAACAGCUGGAUAAAUGGCAGAAGGAGUACAACCUUAAAUAUGUGGAUCUGAUAGAGGAGCAGCUGAACGAAGCACUAACAACUUACCGCAAACCCGUGGAUGGAGAUAACUACGUCAGACGCAGCAACCAAAGGUUACAAAGACCAAAUGUGUAUCUCCCUGUGCACUUGUAUGGUCAGCUGGUACAUGAUAAGACCGGCUGUCAUCUACUGGAAGCUCAGAAUGUCGUUCCAGACCUCAGCUACACGGUGCGCUCCCCGAUGCUGGACACCUGGGAGGGCGUCAAACAGCUGAAGGCUGCGCUCUGGGCUCUGGGCAACAUCGGCUCUUCAAACUGGGGUCUGAAUCUCCUGCAGGAGGAGAACGUCAUUCCUGACAUCCUGGCGUUGGCUCAGCACUGUGAGGUGCUGUCAGUGCGCGGCACCUGCGUUUAUGUGCUGGGCGUCAUUUCCAAGACCAAGCAGGGAUGCGAGGUUCUCAAGCAGUACGGUUGGGACGCGGUCAGGCAUAGUCGCCGGACACCGUGGCCUGUCACUCCCGACGAUGUGGACACCCAGCUCACGUCGGAGCUCUCCUCCGUACCGAGCACGCUCAGUCUGAACUCGGAGUCCACCAGCUCCCGCCACAACAGCGAGAGCGAGUCUCAACCAAACAUGUACAUCCUGGACGAUGACAAAUGUGACGGUUUGGACUCGUCCGACGACCCCCCUUUCUACCCGCACUCCAAAGCUGUCAAAGAUCGCAGCCCGUUCACCAUCCUUGGUUCCACGCGCUUCGUUCGUCCGCGCUUCCUCAAUUCCCUGUCUCUCCCCAGCAAGAAGCCCCGCUCCACUAGUGAUCCAAAGAGCUCCUCCGGCUCUCGCACCCUGUCUGAUCUCAAGGCGGAAAGCCCGCGGCGGAACAGGACGGUGACGGAGCCUUCGGUCUUUGGCACCAACCAGGGAGACGUCUUCACCUCAGUAUUCAACAGCAGGGGAAUGCCAAAGAGUCCAACGGUCAGCCUGGAGACCUCCUUCGUCGGGACAAGGGGCGGGUCUGAGGAGCAGCUGGUGGACGGCAGGCUGGUGCGGGGCGGGGGCUCGGGUCUCGGGCUCAGCGGACUGGCUGGACACGGGGUGGCAGAGCACCACCGGGAGCAGAGCAGCCGCGAGCGUCUGGCGGGAGACGGCGGCUCCUCCGGCGGAGGCAACGUGGGCGGAGGAGGCGGGGGUACUCAGUUUAAAAGCCGCAGCCAGAGCUUUAACACGGAUACAACAACCAGCGGCAUCAGCUCCAUGAGCUCCAGCCCCUCCCGCGAGACCGUCGGAAACCCCGAGCACCCCGAGGUAGAGCCGGACUCCUCCGACUGCGUGAGCCUCAACACCGUCGUGUCGGCCAAGACUGUGAAAACGCUCUCCUCCCUCAGCCCCCAGCCGCAGACCAACCACAUGUCCGCCUCCAAAUCCUCCAACGUCUCACUGGUACCCCUGGGCUCCUCGCACACGCUCCCCCGCCGAGCCCAGUCCCUCAAGUCCCCCUCCGUCACCACCAUCAAGAGCCUGGCCGACUGCAGCUUCAUCUACACCAGCCCCAGGGACGCGCUGGGCUACGCCACGCUGAAGCGGCUGCAGCAGCAGAGGAUACACCCAUCGCUGUCGCACAGCGAAGCCCUGGCUUCACCCGCCAAAGACGUGCUGUUCACCGACACCAUCACCAUGAAGACCGGCAGCCUGGACUCCAGGCUGACUCCUCGCAGCCUCUCCCCCCGGAUCCUCUCACGCUCCUCUCCUCUUGCCCUCCCUAGGUUCCUGAAGGCUCUGAGCUUCGCCUCGCUGGACAAAGAGGAGCUGCUCAGCCCCAUCAACCAAAGCACCCUGCACCGCUGCUCCUCGGUGCGCUCCAUGGUCUCCAGCGCCACCUUCGGCUGCAACGACGACUACAUCGGCCUGGCGCUGCCCAUGAACAUCAACGACAUGUUCCACAUCAGAGACUCCACCUACUUCCAGCAGAGGAUCAGCCCGCCCUCGGAGGAACGGAAACGCUUCCUGUUCGGCGACGGAGACGGGGACCGGCCCACUCUGCCGUUGCUGAAGCAGCAGUUCAGCAUCUCGGAGCUGAUCGCGUUGCGAGGCGAGACUCAGAACCACCUGGUGGAUUCGGAGGACACGGGUCUGCAGGAUCACUCUGAGGAGAACUGUCUGUACUGCGUGGGGGCCAGCGUCCUCGGUUACCCCGCCCAGCCGCAGAUCAACAGCACUCACUCUCGGACAGAUUACGUCGACUUCCCCUCCUGGAGCGGUCCGGGGGGCCAUCGUCUGGAGGUGAUGCCUCAGUCGAAGUUCUCUGGUGUGUCGGGUUGCAGCGAUGCUGCUGUGUCACAGGGGUCCAUCUCUAGCACGCCCACACCUGGGGACAUCGUUAUCGGGCUUAACAAGUGCACGUCCUCUGCAGGCGGGAAGGCGAUAUCCGACGACGGCCCCGCCUCUCGAGUCCUUCUGAGGAAGGAGAUUCUCCGCCUCAUCAUCAACCUCAGCUCCUCCGUCGGAACCAAAGGCCACGAAACGGGACUGUUGACGAUAAAGGAGAAGUUCCCUUAUGCGUUCGAUGACAUUUGCCUGUACUCCGAGGUUUCCCACCUCUUAUCCCACUGUAUGUUUCGCCUGACUUCGAGGCGCUUCAUACAGGAACUCUUCCAGGACGUGCAAUUUAUGCCAAUGUACGAGGAAGCUGAAGCAAUCCUGACAAAACUACCAAAACCCGUGGAAGAGGACGUUAACCCGCCCGCGGAGUCCUGAUCCUCCUCCCGCCCGCCUUGUGUUUAGUGCGCCGCUGCAGUCCGGACUCCUCACAGCUGUGGAAAGCAAAGCAGGUCUGAGGCUCUGCGGACAGAGGGACGUUGGACUGGUUUCUGUUGCUUGAAACAGAGGAGCGUCGCUCCGCUUUCCCCUCCGGCCCCCCAUGCGCCGGAAACAAACAAACAAACAAAAAAAAGACUUCAAUGACCGAACACAUAUUUAAUGCUGUUUCAGAAGAAAAAAUGAACAGCAGAUUAGCCAAAAAACUUGUUUUCCACAACACAGAAAUAUUCACUGUCAGAUCAUCAUAGAACUGAAGGACAAUGAUGGUGAAUUUAACAAAAAUAUGGGUAAGUAGUCCUUAAAAAUCAAUUAUAAUCAGUUAUAAUUUCUGCAGAUUUGGGUGGUUUCCCUUAAUGAAGCGAGUAAGACGCAUUGUCACGUCUGCUUGGAGAUUCCUCGGACUUUGCCUUCUUUUCUUCAAACAAAAACACUACAACGGAUCCUGCUGCUUUGAACUGGGGCCGUCCCGGUCCAAACCCCACCCCCACCUCCACAUCCCUUCUUCUCUUGCCUCACCACUUCCUAGAACCUUAAGCCUCCUGUCAGCCGAGACAGCCUGCUAACCUUUCUAUUUCUUGUGUCACAGACAAUCAAACGUCACUAGUGUUGUAUUUUCUAAAGCAUUAUAUCUGCCACCUUUACUCUGCGAAUAAGGAGAAUAGCAUGUGAUUUAAUGCUAGUUUAUUCCAUACUUUACUUGCUUAGGGCCCUUGAUGUUUUCUUUUCCUCCACUUUUUUGCAUCUUCAGCGAACUUCAAAAGGAGUUGCGUUGGUCUUUCUCUCUCGCUCUCUCCAUUUUCUUCCUCCUUUUUUCAAAGAUGCUCACUUGUGUAAGUAAUCUGUAGAAAGGUUGAGUACAGAUGCACGCAGAUGUCCCUGAAACUUUCACAAACCAGCAGCUUCUCAUCACAGCGCCUUCUUUACCUCUGUGCUUCACCCUCUGCUGCAUGUUCAGCAAGCAUGGCAAGGUUGUGCUUCACCCUAACUUAUUUCUGGCUUAUAAAAUUUUUUUUUAUUUUUUUUUUCAAAACUAUUAUUAUUUUAAAGAAAUCAUAGGUUGCCAUUUCAUGUCGCCAUACAUCGUAGGAAUAGAGUUACCACCCUGGAUCUGUUUCCACAAUUCAGUAUCACUAUGGGAGGACGACAGAGGAGGGGAGCGGUGAAGUGCGGUGACUAAAGUUUAUGUAAAAGGUUUCCAGGGAAACAGGGUUCUGUUUCCAUUGGCUAGUUUUUUUUGUUUUGUUUUGGGGUUUUUUUUUUGCUAUAAUGCUGCUACACAAAAUGGACUCAUAGAGAAAUGAUUCAUAGAUCCGCUGAGUGAUGUCAGAUCUGAUCUAUUUAUUAUAUGUCUGUACCAUAGUGAGUUCAACCAGAGAAGAAAAAAGUUAUUUAUAUUUUUCCUCGAGACUGUAUUAUAAUUUAAUUUUUUUUUUCUUUUUGCCUGAAUUGUGUUUCCCUUGUAUAAUGUGUACAGUAUGUUUUUGGGGCAUUGAUGACCUAAAGAAGCAUACAAUCCUAUCAAAGGGAUGCAUUGUUAAUAAAACAAAAAUCUGAAACACCCAGAA